GCACUUCCCGUCCUUCCGCGGCGUUCUGGUUUCCUCCGCUGUGGUCUCCUUUGGGAAGAAAAUGUCUUCUGUAAAAAGAAAUCUAAAGCAUGAAAUAAUUUCCCAGUUUCACUGUUCAGCUGCAGAAGGAGAUAUUGGCAAGUUGACGGGAAUUCUCAGUCACUCUCCAUCUCUUCUUAAUGAGACUUCUGAAAAUGGCUGGACUGCUCUGAUGUAUGCCGCGAGGAAUGGGCACUCCGAGGCCGUCCAGCUGCUGCUUGAGAAAGGGUGUGACAGAUCACUUGUCAAUAAAUCAAGGCAGACUGCACUGGAUAUUGCUAUAUUUUGGGGUUAUAAGAAUAUAGCUAAUUUACUGACUAACACUAAAGGUGGGAGUAAGCCUUGGUUCCUCAGCAGUGAAGUAGAAGAAUAUGAAAAUUAUUUUAGUAAAACACUACUGGACCGGAAAAGUGAAAAGAGAAAUCAUUCUGACUGGCUACUAGCUAAAGAAAGCCAUCCAGACACGGUUUAUAUCCUUUUCUCAGACUUAAAUCCCCUGGUUACUCUAGGUGGCAAUAAAGAAAGUUUUCAACAGCCAGAAGUCAGGCUUUGUCUGCUGAACUACACAGACGUAAAAGAUUACUUGGCUCAGCCCGAGAAGAUCACCUUGAUUUUCCUUGGAGUAGAACUUGAAAUGAAAGAAAAGGCACUUGGUGCUGAAGGCGUCCCAGGGGAAGAGGACGGGCUGGUUGCCUGGUUUGCCCUAGGUAUAGAUCCCAUUGCUGCUGAAGAAUUUAAACAACGACACGAAAAUUGUUAUUUUCUUCAUCCUCCAAUGCCAGCCCUUCUGCAGUUAAAAGAAAAAGAAGCUGGAGUUGUAGCUCAAGCGAGAUCUGUUCUUGCCUGGCACAGUCGAUACAAGUUUUGUCCAACCUGUGGAAGUGCAACUAAGAUUGAGGAGGGUGGUUAUAAAAGAGUGUGUCUAAAGGAAACCUGUCCCAGUCUCCACGGCGUUCAUAACACAUCGUACCCAAGAGUCGAUCCAGUAGUAAUCAUGCAAGUUAUCCAUCCAGAUGGAACCAAGUGUCUUUUAGGAAGACAGAAAAGAUUUCCCCCAGGCAUGUUUACCUGCCUUGCUGGAUUUAUUGAACCUGGGGAGACAAUCGAAGAUGCUGUGCGGAGAGAAGUCGAGGAGGAAAGUGGAGUCAGGGUUGGCCACGUGCAGUACGUCUCCUGCCAGCCCUGGCCCAUGCCCUCCUCCUUAAUGAUUGGCUGCUUAGCCAUGGCAGUGUCUACAGAAAUUAAAGUUGACAAGAACGAAAUAGAGGACGCCCGCUGGUUCACCAGAGAACAGGUCGUGGAUGUUCUGACCAAAGGGAAGCAGCAGGCAUUCUUUGUGCCACCAAGCCGAGCUAUCGCACACCAGUUAAUCAAACACUGGAUUAGGAUCAACCCCAAUCUCUAAGUCAAAGAAUCUGGGCUUUGUUUGAGUGUUAUUUGGUCUCUGGUGCCACUUUCUGAUCGCUCCUCAAGUGGCAUCAGGAGUAUCCAGUGCUCUUCAGAGUGUUGCACAUAAAAUACCGUGUCAGACUUUCAAGAUAUUUUCAAAGUGAACUUUCCAUCUUAAUCACAAAAUGUUGAUGAAUUAAUGAAUGUUGAUGAAAAACACAGAAUGUUUUUAUAAAUUAUAAUAUUGCCUUAGAUUCAAAUCUGUGUCAAGCUUCUCUGAACAGAUUUGGUUUACACUUCAAAAUUUUAUUUCUAAAAACCACUUUUCUGAUAAGAAACAUUAUUUUGUGAAGGAUUAUGUUCUAGAAACAUGAAUCAACUUAAAUUCCAGUGCCUCCUGUAAGUGUUAAACUGAUUGUUAAUGUUCCUUAUUUGAGAAGUGUAACAAAUUAAUUUUGAUGAAUUUUGAGCUGGUAUUGAUUUUUUGUCCUUUCCUUACCGUCAAGGCCCUUUGAGUUCUCAAUCUCAGAAUGUUGCUUCUCUCCCAGUUCAGUUCCACUUACUUUUCCUCCUGGUUCUCUGGUUCUAGAAGUGCUGGGGUAACAGUGUUGCUGCCAGUCUAAUUUGAUCAGUGUUUUCUGUUUUAACCAUUAACUCUACAAGUGAUCUCCAUGCCCCACCCUCGUGGAGGGGUAGCGUAAGUGAGAGCACGCUUCGAAUCUAGGACCUCCUUUUUAAACCUCAAACUAAGGAAUAUGUCUACUUACGUGUAUUAUACUUAUACCCAAAGCUUUUGUUAAGACAAAUCAAGAUUUCUGUUUUUUCACUGAAAUUAAAUAUAUUUGAAAAUAAUUAUUCUCAAUGAUCAGAUGUGAUCCCAUGUAGAUUUACAUAUUUGAUUAAAAACACUGGCUUUAUUUUACUUUGUGAUGAGAGGUGUAUCUUCGUCAACAAAAGACUGUAUCUCCAUCACCAACAAUAUUUAGUAGACUGUACUUCCUGGAUCUGGCCUUAUAUCUACAUAUUCUAAGAAGCCCUCAUAAAACAAGUAUGGUUUUUUGUGCAGUUUUUGGCUGGGGCUGGGUUUGAACUCACCACCUCCGGCAUAUGGGGCCAGCACCCUACUCCUUUGAGCCACAGGUGCCGCCCAAAACAAGUACAUUUUAUAACUGAAUCAGUAAGAUUAUAGAAAAAGUAAAUUUUAGUUGUUCACAAUUUUCCAAUAUAGAAACUCAUAUUUUACGAGACUGUUUUGAAAUUGCUUUAAAGUAUAGUUUAUAAAAAAAAUGCAAAACAUGAUAUAAUUUGACUCUCUGAUAUUCUGUGCUAAAACUGGAAGAGACUUUAAAGAUAACCUAGGGAAUUAACUGUCUUUAUUUUAUACAUAAGAAAGAGGAAUCCUGAGAGUUAUUGGUGAAAGUUAUACAACUCACGAAUUACAACAGUCUGUACUGGCCAGGACUCUCCUUGUCGAGGAUAUAGACGCUGUUAUUAAAUUUAUAGAGAGUAAGUUAGAGGAAAGGAUGAUAGAAUGAAUUUAACUUGCCAAAUAUUGUUAAUUAAAUUUUAGAGACUUAAAAUGUAUUUAACUUAAAUAAGAUAACUUUCUCAGAUAAAACUUAAUUUUAUUAAUGAACAGUGAUUUUCUUUGUCAUUAAUGAAGGCUUUUUGAUAUCAGGACUUUAAGACUUACCCAGGACACUGAGAUACAUAAUAAAAUUUGAAUUACGUGAGUCUGUGGAACAUGUGCCCUGGUUGUCGUGUGGUAUCACAGCCUGAGGGGCCAUUGUACCUCACAGGUGCUUAUAGUACUCGCAGAUUAUAAGAGUACAAAGGAAAAUUCCACAUUUUCCUAAUAUUAAGAUAGGAAAAGUAAAAUAUGAAGUGUCCACAUAUACAAAUUUGACUUCAGAUAUUUAAUCCCUUACUUGGAGAAAAUCAGCAUCUAAGUAAAUUGUUGUUUUAAUAAUUAUUCUUCAGUUUCCAGCCUCCCCGAGGUGAACGACUGUGUCAUGGAAGGAACAGCCUGUCAGCACACGGGCGGGCUGUGUGGGGAUGUGUUCCACUGGGAAUCAGAGUAGCAACAUGUUAAAAUUCUUACCUGCUUUGUUUGGUGGGUUGUGUGUUUUUUAAUGUUUUAAUAAAUUUCUUCUGAAAAAUGGAAAAA